UGUCACAUUUAGUCUCUCUAAUGUGUACUCUAAUCUGUGAUAUCAAAAUGGCUGAUAUUUCUGUUGAAACCGCUCCUGGAGAUGAAAAUGAUGAUAAUUGGUUAUAUGGCGACUCCAACCCUGAUCAACCAGAGCAGAAUGAAUCUACAAAUGCUGAAGAAAAUCCUCCACAACAGACGGAGAUCAUAGAAGGUGAAGAAAAAGAUCAAGACGAUAAUGAAGGAAAUAACGACGACUCACAUUUUAAUGAUGAACAUUUUGCGGAUGUGGGGCGCGAAGAUCAGGAGCAGGAGAAUGGAGACGCAGACAGCCAGGAUAAUGGAGACUCGGAUUCAGACGACAGCGAUGAUGUUAAAGUCACUAUCGGAGAGAUCAAACCGGGACCGCAGUCCUAUGCCAGCUUAAAUAUAAAGCGUGGUGUGGGUCUCGUGGCCGCUGGUACUGCUGAGAAAACACGUCCUAUUACUACUACUGGUGGCAAAGUGACCCUGGAUGAUUUAGAUGGGCCAGGCAGUAUAAAUGGGGUACCCGCAUUAGAGUUCAACAUAGACACAAUCGAGGACAAGCCAUGGAAUAAACCUGGUGCUGAUAUUUCAGAUUAUUUUAAUUAUGGAUUUAAUGAGGUGACAUGGAGUGCGUACUGUGAGCGGCAACGGCGAAUGCGAUGUAACGAAGCUGGCGUAGGUCUUCAUGCGGCGCCAUCUGGACCACGAAUGUCAGCACCAGACCUUAGACGACCUGCUGGUAACAUUAGAAAUGACGAGGGCAUGAUGCCCCCUACUGCACCUAAUAAUUACCAAGCCAGAGAAAACACAAUUCAGGUGAUGACGGCGGAGCGGCGCGAGUACGGUCGCGGCGGCGGUACACGUGACCUGCCGCCGCCGGAGUAUUUCGGCGCGCCACCGCCCGACCACUACUACCCUCCACCGCACGCCGCACAUCCGCCGCACGCACCCUACGAGGAGCCCUGGGGGCACCCCGAGCAAGGCGGCUGGGCGCCCACGGAGAUCAAGGAGUUGACGCCGGGCCCCAUGGGCCCGCCGGCCAUGGGGCCGCCGCUGGGGAUGGCGCCGCACGCGCCGCACGCGCCGCCCACGCCGCACAUGAUGCCAGCGCCGCCUUUCGCGCCCCCCUACCGCCACCUGCCGCCGCAUCCACACGAGCGCGACCGCGAUCGGGAACGCGACCGCGACCGGGACCGGGACCGCGACCGUGAUCGUGAUAGAGAACGGAUGCGGGAGCGCGACGACCGGGAGAGAAGGGAUCGGGAUAGACGUGGUGAAGAUGAGGACAGAGACCGUGAACGAGAACGUGACCGCUCCAGAUCCAUCAAACCAGACAGGAUACGAGAAAAGUCAUACCGUCGAGAAAGGUCGCGGUCCAGAUCGCGGCGUCACAAGUCCCGGUCGCGGUCGCCGCGACAGCGCUCCCGGGAACGGGAGCGAUCGCGCGAACGAGAACGCGACCGCUCUCGUGACCGCGAACGUAGCGUUAAGCCCAAGUCAAAAGAGAAUAAGGAGAAAGAAGAAGAGAAGUAAAGUCCGAUAGAGACUCCAACUAUUCGCCUGCUUAUUUUGUUAAUCAAGAAUGUGAUUAGUUAACUAUUGGCUUAUUAGCCAAUUUUAUUUACAUAUUUGUAAAUAAAAUUUUCAUGUUGCCUAUCAUGCAGUGACAUGAAAAUUUAUUUUACACAAUUUGUAAAACUAAAUAUACACCUCAUUCCUUACAGAA